CAAAUAUGGGCCAACAAGAGAAUCCGGUCUCAGUUGCGCCGCGAGCUCGGAGCUCGGAACAUUCAGAAAUGAGUGGGAUAAACGACGAAGCUUCUGCAAUAGCUAAUGCUACCGCAGGCACUAAGAGAAGUAACGAUGGAGGCGCUGGUGAACAAGUGUCGAGACUCAAGGGGCGUAAAAUCGCACAAUUGGGUCGGUCAACUUGCUCAGCUGGACCUUCAACUACUCAUCCACCCACCACAAUCUUUGCACUAAACACCUAUUGCUGGGAUAUGAUACUGUCCUAUUUGAGCCUGAGUGAGCAACUCCAUCUCGCUGCCUUAAAUCAUCAGCUAAAAAUGCUUAUCGAAUCGCUGCAACACAGGUACAAUAUCAUUGAAGAAAGCGUCACCGGAAGUAUCGGCGAAUCGGAGCUGCAACAACUACUGGACAUUGUCAGAGAGCACGUGAUCAGCUAUGAGUCGCCAUUGGAUCCGCUUUCUGGGCAGGAUCGGCAUUUGUGGAUGUUGCGGGACUACUGCCCAAACCUGCGACACCUCAAAAUGUCUUUUCGACGCCCCCGAUGGCACGAUUUGUUGCGAUUGAAGAAUCUAACAUCGUUACAUGCUAGCCUGCAAUUCUCGAAUGCUGGUCUUUAUAAGAAUUUUAUAAUUAGCCUAAGCGCUUUGCCGCACCUGAAGAAAUUGAAAUUGGAGGCGACAGCCUACACGGGCGACGGACUACAUGCCCUGGAUAAAUUGGAGUACCUGGAGAUUGGCAACCAGCAUGGAUUCGAUGCCAGCAUUUUGGCCUCGUGCUGCAUGACAAUGAAGAAGUUGUGCCACCUUAACAUGGGUGAAAACACCGCCAACCUGGAAGGGGAAGACUUUCGGGUAAUUGUAAGAAGGGGCCACAAUCUGGAAAGGCUCGCCUUUACGAUAAUAAAUUUGAAAGAAAAUAUACCCUACGAUACUGUCCACCAGCUUCCCAAAUUGAAACACUUGCAGUUGUGGCAUUGCGACAUUAAUGCCAGUUUCAUCGAGAAACUCAUUCAAAAACCGGGCACUCCGUUGGAAAGUCUUAUUUUGGUGGGAGAUACCCUGGAACCGGAACAAGUAGAUCAUAUCUGCGAGAUAUCUUCACUUCGGGAGCUGUCUGUCGCAUGCAGAACAGAUGCAGCAAGAAGUUUUCUACGUCUGAAGCAUUUAGAAAUCUUGGACGUGAAAAUGCCAGAUGUCAGCAACGAUGAGCUGCUUGCGCUUCUGGAAGGAUGUGCUCUUUUAAACGUACUUGGUGUCCGAUAUUGCAGGCUAGUCACCUCUGAAUUUGUGUUAAAAGCUUUAAGUUUGUACAGUGGCAGAAAAAUUAAAAUCUAUUUGCAUGAGUCAUCUGUUGAUUGGCGCCUUCUUCAUCUUCCGGUUCUGAAUGGCAAGACGAACAUUCAGUUCAUAAACGGCUAUUUAAAGAGUCCCAUAUUGAUUAACAACGAUUAAAUACAAACUAACCAAAUUUUUUUUUUCCAGUUUAUUAUUAUUUAACCCUAUAAGGUAUUCUAUGUAUAUUUCCAGAG